UUAAUAAAAAAUAUAAGCUGAUGUUUAAACAUUCAAUUCAUUUCAACCACUGUGUUAAGAUGACCAUCUGUUAUGUACCUAACACUGUGAGAAGUUCUAAGGGAGUUAGAAAUAAUAUAUAAGAGAGAUCUGUCCUCAAAGAUCUUAAAAUGUUGUAAAGGAUACUAGAUUUUCAGACAUAAAAAAACAAAUUUAGAACCAUCCACACCAGUUUAUUUUCAGUGAUAAAUUUAUGUAAUGAAGUGACAAAAUUUUUGAGGCAGAUAGUAAGUGCUUUGAUGAGUCAGAAAAGGGAGAUAGUGAUCAGUGUCUAGAGUCAGAAGGCUCUAUGAAUGGUGUGACUCUUAAGAUGGGUCUUCAAGGAUCAAAGGGAUUUCAUUUUUCAAGAAGAAAAGUGUGGGACUAGUGAAGUAAGGGUGUUUCAUUUUGUAUUUUCUAAAAAAGUAAACAGAUUUAGUUGAAUAUUUCAUCUCUUCACCACAAUGUUACUUAAUGAAAUAUGGGAAACAACCUAAAUGUCAAACAAUAGAAUAGGGGAAGUGUCAAUAUUUCACGCUAUAUCAUACAAUUAAAUAUUAUUAAACUAGUAAAAAUAAUUAAGGAACAAUACAAGCCUGGCUUGUAACCGGUUAAACUAUCCAUUCUACCGCUUACUAGCUUUGUGCUUUUGGGCAAGUCACUCUUUUUGAGGUUUGGUUUAUUCAACUUAAAUGGAAGUGAUAAUAACCAUUUUGAAGUUAUUGUGAGGAUUAAACAUAAUGUACAUAGAGAUAAAUAGUAAGACGUUCAAGAAACAUUUUUAUUCAUUAUUUGUCAUACGUAUACUACUGGUAUGUAAAAAGAUACUGUCUUUCAGAAGGGAAACGUCUCAAUUCUUACCAAAAGUUUUUAAGUGAGUAUUUCCUGUUUGACUCAGCAAUUCCACAAUUAAAAUUUUAUUCUAAGGAAUAAUGACGUAUGCAUAUAUUUAAAAAGAUUUUCUUUGCAGCAUUGAAUAUAAUAGUGAAAAUUCAUAACCCCAGAUUUCACAGGUAGAUGAUUGGUGAAAUAAAUUAUGAUUUUACUUACAUAAAAGAAGUUAUAAAGCUACUAAAAUGAUGAUAUAGAAGUUUAUUUCUGAUAUGGAAAGUGAGGAAAGCAGGUUCUAAGACCAUUUACAGUGUAAUUCCAUUUUUGUAAAUGUAUAUUUAUGCAGAGAAAAUUUUCUGCAAGGAUAAUACACCAAAAUGUUACCUGUUGUCUCUGAAUAGUGAGCCUUUAGGUACUUUUUAUUUUCUCUGUUGCACUUACCCCAAUUUUUCACUUUCAUGGUAAUAAACAUAGAUAAUUAAAAAUUUUAAAUUAGGAAUGGGUCGCUGUUUAAGUAUUUAGUGACAUGGGAAAAUGCUUAAGAUGGAAAGAAAAACAAUUUAUUACUUUAUUUUUGUUAAAGUAUUCUUAUGUAUUUAUAUCUAUGCCUAAAAUGAAUGACUGAAUUUUGCUUUUGUGUCUCUUUCUCUCAAAAUGUAGCAAAGUUUCCAAGAAAUGGUGGGGAUAGGGUAAAUAGUGAAGAAGCUGAAAGCAGAGAUUAGGCUGGUGUUUGCCUGGAUAAAAAUCAUCACUUUCUUAGACUCUCCCUUUCAUAUUUUCAUUUUCAUCAUAGCUUUAACUAUUGACUGACUUCCUUGGCUGUUUUCAUAAAGAAAUGAAGUUUAACCCGUUUAACACUGCAAAAAGUCACUUUCCUCCUACUCUUCCUUCCAUUCUUAUUAGGGCCUGGCAAAUUCAGCACUCACUGGUCACUGGUCACUGUGUAUAUGCAAUGGUGAACAAGGGACAUAGUUCUUGAAGCCUUCUGUCCUCUUGGGAGAGACAGUCAAUAAUCACCCAAAUAAAUAUAUAAUUAAGAAUUGUGAUAACUACUCUGAAAAAAAAAGAAUGGAGUGUUGUGAGAGAGGAAAAUGGCAGUGGAGGAGAGGGAAUCAAUUUAGACACAAAACUUCCAUGUGGAAUGACAUUUAAAGUCAGCCUUGAAGCAUGAAAAGGGUUAGCCACACAAAAUGUGGAAGGAAAAGCAUACCAGGAAGAGAGGCAAGCACAUAUAAAGGGUUUUAGGCAAAAAAAUAGCUUCGUGUGUUCAAAAAACUGGGGCAAGAGCCAAUGUCUGACCUUCAGUGGUAAGACAUGAGUUUGGAAGGUAGGCAGGGACCUGGUGUGCUAUAUAUGUUAAGGAUUUUGGAUUUUAUUCUGAGAGCAGUGGGCAGCCACUGAGAGAUUUGCAUGAAACAGUUUAUAUUUUUAAAAAAAUCUCUGGUUGCUCUUGGGAGAAAGAACUAGAGAGAGGCAAGAAAGACACAGGAAGUUGAGUAAGGAGGCUUUUAGAAUUGAUUGGGAGAUGCUGGUGCCCAGUAAUGAUGGUGAAGAUAAAGAACAGAAGACAGAAGGAGGCAUAUUUUGGUGGUAACAUUGAGAGGACUUAGUGACAGAUUGGUUUAGGGAGUUGGGGAGAGGGAAUAGGAGCUGUCAAGGAUACUUUGCUGGGGUGAGUUGGCAGAUUACAUGGGUGGUGGUGAGGGAAGAGAUGAGGGUUCAGUGUUGGGCUGUGUGUUUACUGUGUGAUAUCUGUAAGAGAAUUUGAAUAGAUGAGAUCUGCUACUCAGAAGAGCAACCCAUAUGGGAUGGAGGUAUACAUUUAAGAGUAGUUGUUACAGAUAGUGCUUCAAGCCCCGUAGAUGGAUGAAAUUGUAGAGAGAAUAUUGAGAGAGGAACAGAGAAUCAAAGGCUGAGUCCUGAGCAUUUCCAACAUUUAAACACCAAGUAAUAGGGGAGAUAACAAAGUGUGUUGAGAGGGAUACAUUAGAGAGGCAGGAGAAAGACUACGAGAAUGUGGUGUCAGGGAAGCAACGAGAGAGUUUCAAGGAAGGAGGGAUUGGCCUUAUGGAAUGUGGUGAAAGGUCUAGUAAAAGGACUCGAAAGUGCCCAUUGGAUUUGGCAAUAUGGAGGCUCUAGACGAUGGUGGAAAAAGCAGAUUCAGUGCAGUGGUAGAGUUGGAAGCCAGGCUGGAGUGGAAGUAAGAGUAGGAAGUGAUAGAGAGAUGAGAGAGUGUACACAGCUCUUUAAAAUCUUGGCUCUGAAGGUCAAUAGCUGGAAGGAAGUGUCAAGUCAAGGGAGAAUUUUUUGUUUUCCCUUGACAAGGGAGAUUCUAGAGUUUAUAUGGAUGCUUAUGGAAAUGAUUUAGUAGGGAAGGAGAAAUUAAUGAUGUAGGAGAGACAACUGAUGGAUGGAGGGCACUCACAAUGGGACUGAUGUUUGAUGUUUACUGUAUGUUGAUUACUAGGUACUAUGCUAAGUUAUUGGCACAGUAAAUGAUUUAUUACUCACAGUAGCCCCAUGAAGUUGGUAUGAUUAUCCCCAUUUUACAGAUGAGGAAACUGGGAUUGAGAAGAGAUAGAACCAGGUUCUUUUUUUUUUUAAUUUUAUUUUUUAUUGAACUGUUGUUGAUUUACAGUGUUUCAGGUGUACAGCAAAGCAAUUCAGCUAUACAUAUACAUGCAUAUAUAUCUUUUCUUCUCAGAUUCUUUUCCAUUGUAUGCUAUUGUAAGAAAUUGAAUAUAGCUCCAUGUUAGAGCCAAAUUCUUAAUCCAGAACUGUUUUAUUUCGGAGUUCAGACUCUUAGCUUUUACUUAGUAUAUACUCUUAAAGGAUUUAAGAUUUACUCUAACAUUGUGUUUUGGUCACUUUGCCAGUGCUGCCAUGACACACUAUCACAGACAGGAUGGCAUACACAACAGAAAUUAAUUUUCUUGCUGUCCUGGAGGCCGGAAGUCCAAGAUCAAGGUGUCGGCAGGUUUAGUUUCUCCUGAGGACCGUCUCCUUGUCUUGCAGACGGCUGCCUUUUCGCCAUGUCCUCAUAUGGCCUUUUCUCUGUGCACUCGCAUCCCUGGUGUCUCUACUGAGCUCUAAUCUCCUCUACUUAAAAGGACAUCAGUCAGACUGGAUGAGAGCCCACUCUAAGGGCCUCAUUUUAACCUAAUCACCUCUUUAAAGGCCUUGUCUUCAAAUAAAGCCACAUUUUGAGAUUAGGACUUCAACAUAUGAAUUUUUUGGGAAGAAUUCAGUCUAUAACAGAUGGCUUCUAUUUUCUUAAAGUACAAGGAAAAGAAUGGCCAUGGGGGUCAUUUUGAAAACAGUGGAGUGGGAUGAAACAGCAAUUGAAGAGGGUGGAAAGAGUAGCCUUACAGUCAGCUGAGUUUGGAGAUGAUUUGUUUUCCUCCUACCAAUUCAAUUAUCUGAGUUUCUGCAGCACUAUUCAUGUAUAUGGGUAGAUUAAAGUACGUGAAAUCUGUACUGCUGCAAAGCUGCUGGGUGCUCAGCCAAAUGACCAUCUCUUAUGUGCAAAGUUGAAGUGUAAAUGAGUUUCAUUCACAACCUUGGCACAAUUACAAAUUACUGUAUGUUAGGGACCUUUCUGGCUGUUCUCAAAUACUUGAAAACAUGAAAGUUAAAUGAAUCUAUGGUUUAUUAGAAUUUCGUUGCAUUCACCAAUGCGCAAAUCAGAUUGAACAUUUUUCCAACUGGUUCUAUAAAUUGUCUUUCAUGGUUACUCAUCACUAUUUUUGUUCUUUCUCUCCCCAUUUCUUUCUUUUUUUUUCCCACAUCUUCACUCAUCAGUUAUUUAUUGAGCACCUACUAGAUGUCUGGCACUAGGGAUAAAAAGAGUCCACGAUGUAGUGUAGGAGACAGAUAUAUAUGCAAAAAAAACUUCUCCCAAGUUAUAGUGCUAUUAUUAAAGUAAUAAUUCAUUUGUUCACUUAUCCUGCAAAUAUACUAAGUGCCUGAGUGCCAGGCAAUGUGUUAGGCUUGGGAUAUAGAUGUAAGUAAGAUACAGUUUCUUCCUUCAAGAAAUUAAAAACCUGGCAUAAAAAAAUAAACAGGUAAGUAAACAAAGACAAUACAAGUAACGUUUGUAAAAUGUUAAAAUAUCGCAAAAAAGGCAGUGACUCUGGUCUCCGCUUUCCCUUGCAUGUUUGGAUACCCAUUGAAAGGAGUCAUUGCUGCAUUUUAGUGAGAAGAGUUAUAAAAGGCACAUUCAUUCAUUUCAUAAACAUUUCUGAAUGCUUGCCAUCAUUGUGUAGUGAGUUUUGUAGUUCUUGAAUCAUGAGGGAGCUUCAAGUCAGGGGAUCAAUGACUUUUGUCACUAUUUGAGCUUAUUGUCCAAAACCUGCACUGUCAACACCUUUUCAAGGUAGUGGAAUGAUUAAUGGUAUUCCUGAAAUACAGAAACCUGCUGAAUGUUAAAGCUUGGGAAGUGUCACAGUAACAAGACGUUACUGUGAUGCUGGGUUCCCAGAAAGCACAUGCUGGCCUAGCACAUAUCUCAGAUUCUUGGAACUCAGAGCUGUGUAUUAAUGUAGGGAUUCCCUGUAACGUAAUUUUAAAAAAUAUGAUGAACAGUGGAUCAACAACACUGAGAAGGAAAUGGAUUUUGUAUGAAGAUGACAAAAUGUAGAUUAUGUAAUUAAAACAUUUUCAACUAUCCUCUAUCUUUACCUUAUCUCUGGAAAAAAGUUAUUUAUAACCAAAUACUUACAGGGUUAAUUGAGACAAUGGAUUUAAACUUGUUGCUUUUUUUCAAAGGUGAUAUGCUGUGUAAACUCAAGGUGUUAUUAUCUGUAGCCUUAUUUUUGUAGGAAAAUGCUAACCAUAUUAUGGAAAUAGUGUAGGUAGUAGGAGGGAGAAAAGGCAAAUCUGAUAAAUGGUAUAUGUGGGCUUUAGAAUCAAUGAUUAACCUAAUAGCUGAAGAUUGCUUUGAUGUUAUGCAAUGAACACCCACUAUCUGCAUAUUGACUUCAUUUCAGAUCGUGUAAUAGAGUGUCUCAUAGUGGAAAGAGCACUGAACGGGAGUCAGGGUUUCUAAGUUCUACUCUAGCUCUGCCAGUGACUACAUAUGUGCCUCAUUUUCUCCGUCUUUAAAAUGAGUCAGUUAUGCAAAAAGGUUUCUAAGGUCCUUCUAGUUCUGGUAUUUCAUCAUUCUGUGAUUCUACAUGCCAUGCCUAUCAAAAGCAUUUUGACUUUCUUCAAGUUGCUUAAGCCAGCAUUUCAGUUAGAGUGCAUCCAGGAGCUUAUUUCCAUGGGCUGUUGGGAACAGCAAGGCCUUGCUUCUCCAGGACUUGAUAUGUCUUCUGUUAACUGCUGACAGUGAGCCACACCACCUAAAAGGCUCCUUUGGUAGCCUUAAAGAUUGAAAGGACAAAUGGACAGUGUUGAGAACUCUGUGGAAGAGGAGACCUGAGAGACGUUGAUCAUCAUGGCCCCUUGGGAUUUGCAAAGAGGAAUGACUAGCACUGGGCCAUUCCCUGCAGCCAGGUCAAAGGUCAGGUCAGGAAUGUGGACAAUGCUGGUGACUCCAGUUGCUUCCAAGAUCCGGUACUUACAGGAAUAUCAUAACCGGGUUCUCCACAACAUUUAUCCUGUACCUUCAGGAACAGAUAUUGCAAACACCCUGAAAUACUUUUCUCAGACCUUGUUAAGCAUUUUGUCCCGCACAGGGAAGAAGGAAAACCAAGAUGCCUCCAAUUUGACAGUGCCCAUGACCAUGUGUCUUUUUCCUGUGCCAUUCCCACUCACCCCAUCUCUAAGACCGCAGGUCAGUUCCAUCAACCCUACUGUUACUCGCUCCCUCCUUUACAGCGUCCUGCGAGAUGCUCCCUCUGAACGUGGCCUGCAAAGUCGUGAUGCUCACUUGUCAGACUACCCUUCUUUGGACUAUCAAGGCCUCUACGUGACUUUGGUGACUCUCCUGGAUCUAGUUCCUUUACUACAGCAUGGCCAACACGAUCUUGGACAGUCAAUAUUUUAUACAACCACGUGUUUGCUCCCUUUUCUCAACGAUGAUAUUCUGAGUACUUUGCCCUACACGAUGAUAUCAACCUUAGCUACCUUUCCUCCGUUUCUGCACAAGGAUAUUAUUGAAUAUCUUAGCACAUCUUUUCUACCAAUGGCUAUACUGGGUUCCUCAAGGAGAGAAGGCGUUCCUGCCCAUGUUAAUCUCUCUGCAUCAUCCAUGCUAAUGAUUGCAAUGCAGUACACAUCCAAUCCAGUGUAUCAUUGUCAAUUAUUGGAAUGCCUCAUGAAAUAUAAACAAGAAGUUUGGAAAGAUCUUUUGUAUGUGAUAGCCUAUGGGCCUUCACAAGUAAAGCCUCCAGCUGUGCAAAUGCUGUUCCAUUACUGGCCCAAUUUAAAACCUCCUGGGGCAAUAAGCGAGUACAGGGGCUUGCAGUACACAGCUUGGAAUCCCAUCCACUGCCAGCACAUUGAAUGCCACAACGCAAUUAACAAACCAGCUGUGAAGAUGUGUAUAGACCCCUCCCUGUCAGUAGCUUUGGGUGAUAAACCACCCCCAUUGUAUCUCUGUGAAGAAUGCAGCCAGAGGAUCGCAGGGGACCACAGUGAAUGGUUGAUUGAUGUUCUUCUGCCUCAAGCUGAAAUAUCUGCUAUAUGUCAGAAGAAGAAUUGCAGUUCCCACGUUAGAAGGGCUGUUGUCACCUGCUUUUCAGCGGGGUGCUGUGGUCGUCACGGAAACAGGCCUGUUCGGUACUGCAAAAGAUGCCACUCGAAUCAUCACAGUAACGAAGUGGGGGCCUCCGCGGAGACCCACCUCUAUCAGACCUCCCCUCCACCCAUCAACACUCGGGAGUGUGGCGCCGAGGAGCUUGUCUGUGCCGUGGAGGCCGUGAUUAGCUUAUUGAAAGAAGCGGAGUUCCAUGCUGAGCAGCGGGAAUACGAGCUGAAUCGCCGGCGACAGCUGGGCCUCUCCUCUUCCCACCAUUCCCUGGAUAAUGCUGACUUUGAUAACAAGGAUGAUGAUAAACAUGACCAGCGGCUACUCAGUCAAUUUGGAAUAUGGUUCUUAGUGAGCCUCUGCACACCCAGUGAGAACACGCCUACAGAAAGCUUGGCCAGGCUGGUGGCCAUGGUGUUUCAGUGGUUUCACUCCACAGCAUAUAUGAUGGAUGAUGAAGUCGGAAGUUUGGUAGAAAAACUGAAGCCUCAGUUUGUCACCAAGUGGUUGAAGACAGUAUGUGAUGUUCGCUUUGAUGUCAUGGUCAUGUGCCUUCUUCCCAAACCAAUGGAAUUUGCCAGGGUUGGCGGGUACUGGGAUAAGUCCUGUAGCACAGUGACUCAGUUGAAGGAAGGUCUCAACCGAAUCCUCUGCCUGAUCCCCUACAACGUGAUCAGUCAGUCCGUGUGGGAGUGUAUCAUGCCAGAGUGGCUGGAAGCCAUCAGAACAGAGGUCCCAGAUAAUCAGUUAAAAGAAUUCAGGGAAGUAUUAAGCAAAAUGUUUGACAUUGAACUUUGUCCUCUACCUUUUUCAAUGGAAGAAAUGUUUGGCUUUAUUAGUUGUCGGUUCACAGGAUACCCUUCCUCUGUGCAGGAACAAGCUUUACUGUGGCUUCAUGUAUUAUCGGAGUUAGACAUCAUGGUUCCACUUCAACUAUUAAUAAGUAUGUUUUCUGAUGGAGUUAAUUCUGUCAAAGAACUGGCAAAUCAAAGAAAAUCAAGAGUCAGUGAACUGGCAGGGAACCUUGCAGCUCGAAGGGUGAGUGUUGCCUCUGAUCCUGGCCGACGAGUUCAGCACAAUAUGCUGAGUCCAUUUCAUAGUCCUUUUCAGAGUCCAUUUCGGAGUCCUAUGCGUAGUCCAUUUCGUAGUCCUUUCAAGAAUUUUGGACACCAAGGAGGAAGGACUAUUGACUUUGAUUGUGAAGAUGAUGAAAUGAAUCUAAAUUGUUUCAUCCUCAUGUUUGAUCUUCUCCUGAAGCAGAUGGAGUUACAAGAUGAUGGAAUCACAAUGGGUUUAGAGCACAGCUUAUCAAAGGACAUUAUUUCCAUUAUAAACAAUGUCUUCCAAGCCCCCUGGGGGGGCUCUCACACCUGCCAGAAGGAUGAAAAAGCAAUUGAGUGUAACUUAUGUCAGUCUAGUAUUCUCUGCUAUCAGCUUGCUUGUGAACUCCUGGAGAGACUGGCUCCCAAAGAAGAAAGCCGGCUGGUGGAGCCCACAGACAGCCUUGAGGAUAGCCUCCUUUCUUCCAGACCAGAAUUUAUUAUAGGCCCUGAAGGUGAAGAGGAGGAGAAUCCAGCAACCAAGCAUGAGGAGAACCCAGGCAAUCACACUGAGCCCAUGGAACAUGCUGCAAUAAAGAAUGAUACUGAAAGAAAAUUUUGCUACCAACAGCUUCCAGUUACUUUGAGACUAAUAUACACCAUUUUCCAGGAAAUGGCUAAGUUUGAAGAGCCAGACAUUCUUUUUAAUAUGCUCAAUUGUCUGAAGAUCCUCUGUCUACAUGGAGAGUGUUUAUACAUUGCUAGGAAGGAUCAUCCACAAUUUUUAGCCUACAUUCAGGAUCAUAUGUUGAUUGCAAGCCUGUGGAGAGUCGUUAAAUCUGAAUUCUCUCAGCUAUCUUCAUUGGCAGUUCCUCUCCUCCUUCAUGCUCUGUCACUUCCUCAUGGUGCUGACAUCUUUUGGACAAUCAUAAAUGGCAAUUUCAACAGCAAAGACUGGAAGAUGAGGUUUGAAGCAGUGGAAAAAGUGGCUGUCAUUUGUAGGUUUCUGGAUAUCCACUCAGUGACCAAAAACCACCUGCUGAAGUACUCCCUGGCACAUGCCUUCUGCUGCUUUCUGACGGCUGUGGAGGACGUCAACCCAGCAGUGGCUACGAGGGCCGGCCUCCUGCUUGACACCAUAAAGAGGCCAGCGUUGCAGGGUCUGUGUCUUUGUCUUGACUUCCAGUUUGAUACUGUGGUUAAAGAUCGACCCACGAUACUGAGCAAGCUUUUACUCUUGCAUUUUCUUAAGCAAGACAUUCCUGCUUUGAGCUGGGAGUUUUUUGUCAACAGAUUUGAAACACUUUCUUUGGAAGCGCAGCUACAUUUGGAUUGUAACAAAGAAUUUCCUUUUCCUACAACUAUCACUGCUGUGAGAACCAAUGUCGCUAACCUCAGUGAUGCAGCACUGUGGAAGAUCAAGAGGGCUCGUUUUGCAAGGAACCGCCAGAAGAGUGUGCGUUCCCUAAGAGACAGCGUGAAGGGGCCCGCAGAAUCCAAGAGGGCGCUCUCCCUCCCUGAGACCCUAACCUCCAAAAUCCCUGUGAGGUUGACCAGGCAUGAGCAGUCUGCUCCAGCUCUCGGUGGGACACCCGAACAGACACCAGGACAACAAUCCCCUGAGAAUGACAACACCAUCAAGGACCUCCUCCCAGAAGAUGCUGGGAUCGACCACCAGACGGUGCACCAGCUGAUUACAGUGCUCAUGAAGUUCAUGGCCAAGGAUGAGAGCAGCGCCGAGUCAGACAUCAGCAGCGCCAAGGCCUUCAACACGGUCAAGCGGCACCUGUACGUCUUACUCGGCUACGACCAGCAGGAAGGUUGCUUCAUGAUCGCGCCUCAAAAAAUGCGCCUGUCAACUUGCUUUAAUGCGUUUAUUGCAGGAAUUGCCCAAGUUAUGGACUAUAACAUUAAUUUGGGAAAACACCUUCUCCCCUUGGUGGUUCAGGUGCUCAAAUACUGCUCUUGCCCUCAACUACGGCAUUAUUUCCAACAGCCACCUCGUUGUUCUCUCUGGUCCCUAAAACCUCACAUCCGGCAGAUGUGGUUGAAGGCCUUGCUUGUCAUCCUUUACAAGUAUCCCUACCGAGACUGUGAUAUCAGCAAGGUCCUGCUGCAUCUGAUUCACAUAACAGUCAAUACACUCAAUGCACAGUAUCAUAGCUGCAAGCCCCAUGCCACGGCAGGACCUUUGUACAGUGACAACAGUAACAUAAGCAGAUACAGCGAAAAAGAAAAAGAAGAAGAUAGUGUUUUUGAUGAAUCUGAUAUUCAUGAUACACCUACUGGACCCUGCAAUAAAGAGUCUCAAACUUUUUUUGCAAGAUUGAAAAGGAUAGGCGGCAGCAAAAUGGUGAAAUAUCAGCCGGUUGAGAUGAAUGUUCAGAGAAGUGAAAUAGAACUGGCUGAAUAUAGAGAAACGGGUGCAUUACAAGACAGCAUUCUACACUGUGUGAGAGAAGAAAGCAUUCAGAAAAAAAAGCUGCGCUCUUUAAAACAAAAAUCUCUUGAUAUAGGGAAUGCAGACUCCCUCUUGUUUACGCUAGACGAGCAUCGCAGGAAGUCCUGCAUAGACCGGUGUGACCUAGAUAAGCCUGCUGUCCAGGCUGCUCACAUCAUGCAAAGACAGCAUGAUCAUGGACGUUCUAGACAGAACUCUGCUACGAGGCCUGACAAUGCUGAAAUCCCUGAGAACCCAGCGAUGGAAAGCUUUCAAGAAACUCGAAGGCCUGUCAUACCAGAAGUCAGGUUAAACUGCAUGGAGACAUUUGAGGUGAAAGUUGAUUCUCCAAUAAAGCCUGCUCCCAAAGAGGAUUUAGAUCUGAUAGAUUUGUCCUCAGAUUCAACAUCUGGGCCUGAGAAACACUCCAUGCUCUCAACAUCGGACAGCGACUCUCUUGUGUUCGAACCUCUUCCUCCUCUCCGAAUAGUAGAGAGUGAUGAAGAGGAGACCAUGGACCAAGGAAACGAUGAUGCCUCUGGUAAAAACGCUGCCUCCUCUCCCUCCAUCCCCAGCCACCCCUCUGUCCUCAGCCUAAGUACCACUCCCCUUGUGCAAGUAAGUGUGGAGGAUUGUUCCAAAGACUUUUCUUCUAAGGACUCAGGAAAUAACCAGUCAGCAGGUGACAAGGACUCCUCUCUCAUAGCCCUGGAAGACCCCACAGACUCUGAAGAACUGUCCAAGCCGGAGUUGCUGCAAGAGCUUUCCUAUGGCAGCCCGCUCACGCUUAAACAGAAACGAGACCUCCUUCAGAAGUCGUUUGCUCUCCCCGACAUGUCACUGGAUGAUAACCCCGAGCCCAGCAUCGAGGAAGAGAAGUCAGAUGGGCUAAUACCAAGUUCAGGGGCAAAAACUGUCCUCCUCAAAGUCCCUGAAGAUUCUGAGAAUCCAAUGGAAAGUGAGAAGCCUGACACCAGUGCUGACUCAGACGUGGAACAGAACCCCGAGAAGAAGGCAGAAGAGGAGGGAGCUGAGGGAUCCGAAUUUAAGAUUCAGAUUGUUCCCAGGCAGCGGAAGCAGAGGAAGAUCGCUGUCAGUGCCAUCCAGAGAGAGUACCUCGACAUUUCCUUCAACAUUCUAGACAAACUGGGAGAUCAGAAAGACCCAGAUCCCGCUACUAAAGGACUUUCGACAUUGGAAAUGCCACGGGAAUCCUCAUCUGCCCCUACGUUAGAAGCAGGUGUGCCAGAAACAAGUAGCCAUUCCUCAAUAUCAACUCAGUAUAGGCAGAUGAAAAGGGGAUCCCUGGGAGCUCUGACAAUGAGCCAGUUAAUGAAGCGACAGCUGGAACAUCAGUCUAGCGCCCCCCAUAACAUCAGCAACUGGGACACUGAACAGAUACAGCCGGGGAAACGCCAGUGUAAUGUGCCAGUGUGCCUAAACCCUGACCUGGAGGGACAGCCGUUGAGAAUGAGAGGCGCCACUAAAUCCAGCCUGCUGUCAGCACCCAGCAUCGUGAGUAUGUUUGUGCCAGCGCCCGAAGAAUUCACAGACGAGCAGCCGACGGUGAUGACAGACAAAUGCCAUGACUGUGGGGCCAUUCUUGAGGAAUACGAUGAGGAAACCCUUGGGCUGGCCAUUGUGGUCCUCUCCACAUUCAUUCACCUAAGCCCAGACUUGGCAGCCCCGCUGUUGCUGGAUAUCAUGCAGUCCGUGGGAAGAUUGGCAUCCAGCACAACUUUUUCUAACCAAGCAGAAAGCAUGAUGGUCCCCGGCAACGCAGCAGGGGUGGCCAAGCAGUUCCUGCGCUGUAUCUUCCACCAGCUGGCUCCCAACGGCAUCCUCCCGCAGCUGUUCCAGAGCACUAUCAAAGAUGGGACUUUUUUACGGACCUUGGCCACGUCUCUGAUGGACUUCAAUGAGCUGAGCUCUAUUGCUGCUCUCAGUCAGCUCUUGGAGGGUCUAAAUAACAAAAAGAAUUUACCAGCAGGGGGUGCUAUGAUACGGUGUUUGGAAAACAUUGCUACCUUCAUGGAAGCUUUGCCCAUGGAUUCUCCUAGUAGCCUCUGGACCACAAUCAGCAACCAAUUUCAGACGUUUUUUGCCAAGCUGCCUUGUGUUUUGCCUCUGAAGUGUUCUUUAGAUUCCAGUUUGAGAAUUAUGAUUUGCCUCUUGAAGAUACCCUCUACCAAUGCCACAAGGAGUUUGUUGGAACCGUUUUCAAAACUGCUCAGCUUUGUAAUUCAGAAUGCCGUCUUCACUUUGGCCUACCUGGUGGAGGUGUGUGGCUUGUGUUACCGAGCUUUCACUAAGGAGCGGGAUAAAUUCUACCUGUCUCGUAGUGUUGUUCUAGAACUCCUUCAGGCACUGAAGCUCAAAUCUCCUUUACCGGAUACAAACCUCCUUCUGCUUGUCCAGUUUAUUUGUGCAGAUGCUGGAACCAAACUAGCUGAGUCAACGAUCCUGAGCAAGCAGAUGAUUGCCUCUGUACCUGGAUGCGGGACGGCGGCGAUGGAGUGUGUGCGACAGUACAUCAGCGAAGUGCUAGAUUUCAUGGCAGACAUGCACACGCUGACCAAGCUGAAGAGCCACAUGAAGACAUGUUCCCAGCCUCUGCAUGAGGACACCUUUGGUGGACAUCUCAAAGUGGGACUGGCUCAGAUUGCAGCCAUGGAAAUCUCACGGGGCAACCACAGAGAUAACAAAGCUGUGAUUCGCUAUCUGCCUUGGCUCUACCAUCCCCCUUCUGCAAUGCAACAAGGACCGAAAGAAUUCAUCGAGUGUGUCUCCCACAUCCGUCUGUUGUCCUGGCUGCUUCUGGGUUCCCUCACUCAUAAUGCAGUGUGUCCAAACGCCUCCUCUCCAUGCCUGCCCAUACCUCUGGAUGCAGGUUCCCACAUUGCCGACCAUCUUAUUGUUAUCCUGAUUGGAUUCCCAGAGCAAUCAAAGACCUCCGUGCUGCACAUGUGUUCCCUUUUCCACGCGUUUAUCUUUGCUCAGCUCUGGACCGUAUAUUGCGAACAAAGUGCCGUAGCUACAAAUGUCCAAAGUCAGAAUGAGUUCAGCUUCACAGCGAUACUGACGGCACUAGAGUUUUGGAGUAGGGUGACACCCAGCAUCCUUCAGCUGAUGGCCCAUAACAAAGUGAUGGUAGAAAUGGUGUGUCUCCAUGUGAUUAGUUUAAUGGAGGCAUUGCAAGAAUGCAAUUCAACAAUUUUUGUCAAGCUCAUACCCAUGUGGUUGCCAAUGAUUCAGUCAAAUAUCAAGCACUUAUCGGCGGGACUCCAGCUUCGCCUCCAGGCCAUUCAGAACAACGUGAACCACCACAGCCUCAGGACGCUGCCGGGCUCAGCCCAGAGCAGCGCCGGCCUGGCGGCCCUGCGCAAGUGGCUGCAGUGCACCCAAUUCAAAAUGGCGCAGGUGGAGAUCCAGUCCUCAGAGGCAGCCUCUCAAUUUUAUCCUCUAUGAGCGGACUCCUCGGCUCUCAGUGUCAACACUCUGGUUUAGCAAUAAUGGGUUUAAAAACAAAACAAUUUGAUCCAAGCAGGUUGGGGAACAUAUUGGUACUGUACAUUCUCUUUCUAGUUUAGUAAACGACGUGCAAAGGCCGGAGAGGGCCAAAAUGAAGCUUUCUUGCUACACAUAUUUCUGAUGACUCCUUGGGCUAUCUGAUUAAGUGUUUCCUUACAUUAUUUUUUAAAAACCAAAUCAUUUUUCUUUAACUAACUUCUAUUUUUUUUAAGAAAAAAAAAAUAGACUGGUGGGUACUCACAGAAAAGUUGUAUAAGUCCCCCUGUUGCUAUUUUUGAUGAUAGAGAAUAAAUAGGGUUUUUGAAACCUUUGUAGUGUUUUUUCUUAAAAUCCACUCUUGGCAAUGCAAUAAAAAACAAAAAACAAACAAAAACAACAACAACAACAAAAAAUAACCCGUCACCAUAAGCCAGUGACACUUGACUGAAGCUUUUUGUCAUUAUCCUGGGAAAAGUGGCAGCUUGUAAGGACCAUUACAAAGUGCACUUAGAAAUUAGGUGGUUAAACUGUGCCAAUUGUUUUCUUUGUUUUAUAAUAUCAUUUUCCAGAA